GGAUCCGCGGAACGCGAGAGUACCCCCUGCCGAAAAUGCACAGGUUGCAGGCUCGCAGCCGACCGCAUCUGGCGGCGCAGCGUCUCACGGAGGGGGGCCGGCGCCGAAGAGUGGUAAUACCACAAACCAGUACAGCCAGGGCAUGCAGCUAGCAAGCAACGAGCAGGGGGACCCGCAGGAAACCGGCGUGCAAUUGGGAAUGAUCCCACACAUGACAAGCAGUUCCUCGGAGGUCGUCCUGCGGCAAACCAAUAGGACGCAGCUCAACGAAAUGGAGCCGUCCAGUUACCAGCAGACUGGAGGAUCCCAGCCAAGCAACCUGCAGUUCGGCGGGGCGCAGUCCAGUUACCAGCAGACUGGAGGAUCCCAGCCAAGCAACCUGCAGUUCGGCGGGGCGCAGUCCAGUUACCAGCAGACUGGAGGAUCCCAGCCAAGCAACCUGCAGUUCGGCGGGGCACAGUCUAGUUACCAGCAAACUGCGGGUUCCCAGCCGAGCAACCUGCAGCUUGGUGGGGCGCAGUCUAGUUACCAGCAGACUGGAGGAUCCCAGCCGAGCAACCUGCAGCUCGGCACAGCACAGUCUAGUCACCAGCAGACUGGCGGAUCUCAGCCAAACAACCUUCAGUUUGGCGGAGCACAGUUUAGUUACCAGGAGACUGGAGGAUCCCAGCCAAGCAACCUCCAGUUUGGCAGCGCACAGUCUAGUUACCAGCAAACUGCGGGGUCCCAGCCGAGCAACCUGCAGCUUGGUGGGGCGCAGUCUAGUUACCAACAAACUGCGGGUUUCCAGCCAAGCCACUUUCACUUUGGCGGAGCACAGUCUAGCACCCUGCACACCGCGGGAUCCCAGCCAAGCACACUUCAGUUCGGCGGAGCACAGCCUAGCAACCUGCACAGUGCAGGAUCCCAGUCAAGCAACCUCAACUCGGCGCAAUCAAGCAGCCUGCACUACACAGGUAUACCCGCCCAGUCGAGCAACGCACAAUUAAACGGCAGCCUGCAGAGCAGCGGUGUGCAAAUGGAUGUCGUGCAGCAGCAGACAAAUCUGCAGGUCAACGGCUCGCAACCAAGCAAUUUGCAAUCAACGCUGCUGAACCCAGCUAGCCCACCGGAGCUUCUCGGCCAGCAUGCCGUGCCGAACACGGAACCAGCUGCGCAUCAACAACCCGCACCACUUCAUCUCCCGAACCCCGCGAACGCACCGCAGGUGGCUGGUCCGCCGGGAGUAUCAAGUGUAAAAAUGUCUGGGUCUGGAAGAUUCCGGAAUUUGUGAUGCAUCUUUCGUAUGAUCCGCGACGCAUGUAAUGCAUGAUCUAGCAUCACAGAUUUUUAGAGGGCUUGCUGAUGCCUAUUCCGCAUGAGAAAUGCCCUCUCCACGUAACACAAACUGGAGUCCUGUUGCUGGUCACGUAAUACAGAUUUUUUUGGAAUCCGAAGACAGCAUGACAAGUUGCAAUCUUCCAGACCCAGACACUUUUGCAAUCCAUAGGGAGACGGAGGAAGCUCGUCGCCAGGAACGGCAAGCGCGUCCAUGUAUCACCCGCAAAUAUGUCUGGGUCUGGAACGAUGCAAGGUUUGUCAUGCAGGGCUAGCAUGUCUCCCAAGUCUGUCAUGCACGUUAGUACCCAAAAGUCACGUUUCUCUGUUACGCAGAAACGCAGUUUAUUGUCAUGCAAGAUAGGCAACACUUAGUAGCCCAAAAAUUUGUCAUGCUUGGCUGUCAAUGGAGGCGUCGCGUGGUUCGCCACAUAGCAUCACAAGCUUCCAGACCCAGACGUCUUUGCAAUUGAUACUAUGCGGUCGGGCACAACGAUCUCGUAUACAGCCUCGUCCCUGCGUCACACGACUCCGCACCUGAGGGAGGAGCGGAACUUCGCGAUAGAGGAUCUUCGCUACGUUAUUGAAAUGACAAAACCCUGCACGCCUCCAGUCGGAAAGAAUAAAUACAUAAGAGUUGAGGGACUUGCUCAUGCCCUGAGUCAACGCUCCGUCAAGCGGUCAAGGAUCUCCAGGCGCCGGCAGAUUCGUGUUAUUCCCAAAAGCCUUACAUGCUUGCGGAAGAAACACAGUGGCGCACGAUGCAAAUCCAGCAAUCGAAGUAAGUAUUCUUUCACACAUGGCAUGAGGAUUUUUUAUUUCAAUAUUUGCAAAGCGGCAGCUGGACCAAGCCAGGCGCGUGAAGGCGUUAGCAAUUCAACAGAGGGACCACUACAAACAGCAGGCGGACCAUAUCUAUGGCGCUGAGAGCACUGGAUGCCCCAACCCAGAAAGAAGCUGUUGCUUGAAUUCUUGUAAAGCCUCGUAUCAUGCACACAUGGAAAACAGCAUAAAGGAUAAAAAAAUUUUGUGCAUAGUCAUGUCGCAAAAUACUUGCGAAUCAAACGCGCCAUAAGUAUUCCUUGUAGGCAAACUUUUUCCAUUUUCUAGCGGAUCUUUACAACAACCGUAUGGCUUCAAGUGUUGUAAAAGCAGAAGUACUCCUUCUGGAGUUGUCGCUACUAGUUUUGGCUGAAUAACGCGAAAGACGAAAACUAAAACCUGUGAAGUGAAGACGAAAGCACCUGUCGUGUAACGAGCCCAUCGCGCCAUUGCUUCCACUAUAGUCGUGAUCAGACUAUAGCCGCUGAACUUCUUUCGAUUGCAGUGUGGCGAAUGUUGUCAAAAAGCGUUUGCGUCGCUGCUCUGCAGCGUAAACUCGAACUGAGUAUAGACAGCAGGUGCAGGCUCUAUGCAUUGCAAAUAUGUCUGGGUUUGGAAAGGUGCAGAAAAGUGAUGCUCCUUUCCAGGCACACAAAAAUCUGUCAUGCAUGAGUGGCAAAAGCUUCCGCUUUCGGCGAAGCUGAGAAAGAAUUUCUCGUGCUGAGUAGGCGUUGCAAGGCUCUCAUACAGCCUGUGAGGAUGCUAAACUCUGCAAUCCAGACCUCGUGAGGCAUACGAGACCUGCAUGACAAUGUCUGUACUUCCUCGGAUGCAGACAUGCUUGCACUGAACAGGUUUGCAGUUCAUACAAUGCCUAAAUAAGCAUCAGCGCGAUGUAUAUUCCCGCGUUGCCAGCCUCGAAACGGAGCUCCAAAGCGCCCGAGUUCUAGCAGAAUUCUACAAAAGCAGGUUAGAUUUCUACAAAAUGAACGACGCAAGGGACGAGGAAAGUAGAAACCUGGAAGAACAAAUCCGCAACGAGCAGGGGAAGUGCUGGGGCCUUCGCCACAAGCUUCGGGAUGCAGAAUCCGAGCUAAGGAGGAAGGAGACGGAACUGCAGCUCGCUGAAACCCGCUGGAAUUCCCUAAAGCCCAGCGUCGCAAAGCUGCUGGAAUCGGCCGAAAACCACGAGAAAAGGGCCCUGAACAACUACCGCGAAUACGAUUGCUUCAACAAAGCCGACUGCGAUCACUGGUGCAAGACGUUUGUGUUGUCGCGCGACUCCUUCGCGCGCGACAUUUCCGUCCUGCAAGCUUUCAUCGCCAAGACCGUGCCACGUGAAGCAAUCCCCGAAGACGUUGCUGCCAUCGUGAACGAGCUGGCCGACUCCUCCGACUACUGCUGGCCGGAUCAGGACACCCUUGUGAUCAGCAACCGGGACAACACGCCGUAUGACCCGGACAAGAGGAACACCUGGCCUGCAACGGAUUUAGCAGAUAAAGAACGCGUCAGCGGUACCAUCACCUCCCUUCCGGACGCGAUUGACAUCAUCUCCCAACUUGCAAUCACCUGCUCGCAUCGCAUGCAGGAAGCAACCAUGUACAAGGCCGAGCUGGAGCAAAUGUGGGCAAAAACGUCCUCCGACGACACUGCCUUCGACCAGGUAGACAGCAAACGGAGCGGUAGUAGCCUGCCGCGCAGUGCAGACCAGCGGACGCAGAUGUUGGAUACGCGAAUUGCGGAGCUCCAAAAGCAACUGCAACAGAAAGGCGCAAAGCUGGCUGAGACCGACUCGAACCUGAACAAUCUAGUGGAGCGCACGCGACGAUUCUUUGCCCGGGAGGAGAACAGACUAUCCGAGGAAAAAACAAAAGAGCUCGAGGAGGAUUUGGACAAGAUGCGCAGCCGGGCACUGGAGCGGUGGGAUAACAAUGCGUCCCGCCUGCAGGCGGCGGUGGAACGAGCACAGCGACAGCUUCAUCAACAACACUGCUCAGCGGCGGUGGACAACACUGCUCUUCAGCAGGCCGCGCAGCAGUCGGACGGCCCCACCUACAUCGACUCGGCACUAGAAGCCGUCCGCGACAUGCGACCACUAGUGGAAACACUGUCCCAGCCUGCAGCCCUUGCAGAUGCGCACAACAAAAUGAAAAACGGGAAAGAUGAAGUAGCCGAUCUCCGAAAUCUCGUGGAGGAACUGCAUUGCGCGCGCAUCAGGAAUCAAAAUGAAGAGGAGGUCGCACGACAGGAGGCCAAGCUCCAAGAAAUUAUAUCCUCGGGAGGCAUCGAUCAGCCUUCACCUAGCGCAGCAAAAUUCGAUACGGGCGAUGCGUCAGAGUGCCACUGCAUGUCAAAAGAGUACGUCUGCAUGGCUGGGUGAAGCUGUUUGUAGUGCGCGCACCUAGAAGAGGUCGGCCAGCUGGGCUAACAGCUAAGUAGCCUGCUAAGCUCUCGGCCUCUCUUGUUCUUUUGGCGCCAGGAACUUGCAAACAGCUUCACAAGGUUCGAGCUAAAUUUGUCCUCGUUUUUGGGUGAAGGCGCCUUUCCUUGCAAUGACGCCUGUCGACCAACUACCCCGCAACCAUAUCCUACAGAACAGCACACACAUACAAGAAAAGUUGAUUUCUUGUGUCGCUGUGUUUCUUAUAGCACAAGAAACGUCGCCAUGCUGAUUCUCAAGAAGAAGAAAAACCUGUCAUACAGCAAAAUGAAGAUUGAAAUGAGGUCGUCGUGGGAGUACGUUUGUGAUGCUGCUCAGCAGGACGUUUUUGUAGCUCGUCAUUUCUUGGAGGACUUUAUCCUUUUGGACGCUUUAGUAUCUACUCCUUGACGAACUGCAUCACAAACGCUUUCUGAUAUGGUAUGGGUGUGCUGUUCUGGAGGGUAAGCCAUCGGGGCCGCACAAAGGGUUGACAACGUCAUCGACGCGAUCGGAGGUGUGGGUAUCCUACAGAAGAGUACGCACAUACCAUGGUCAAAAAGCAUUUGUCUUGAAAGGAGAACCUCUUUGUCUGCCGAACAACACAACCUUUCCUUCCUGAUUUUUCCUGUUCCGCAUUACAGAUUACGUCUUCCAUGCCAGAAAGUGACCCAUCUUCUGCUCGCCGCAUCACGGCCUUGUCACUGGUGCUGGCAGAGGAGCAACAAAACUGAUUGCUUUUUUUUUGUGCUGUGUGUGUGCUUUUGUUCGCAAUAAUGGGGCAGUUCCGAUAUGAUUGAAAAGUUGCUCCACAUCCAACAGAAGACCAAAGUAGUGUUCUGCUGCGAAAAGCCAGGCAUAAGGGGUAACAUUUCUCCUUCGGCAUGAGUUUGUUCCCUACCACGCAGAAGACUGCGCGCUCUCUUGCGAAGAUGACGGGCAACUUUUUCCAAAGUGAUACCACCGUAGUGAACACCAGUCUGUACGACCCCACCGUCGGCGCAGCUACUCGGUCCCUGCGAGAGCUCGCCCCCGCAACUAAUCCAAUCGCUGCUAAGCUUGCGUCGCAGGUGGAGGACCUCGCCCGGGAAGUGUGGUUUAAAACUAGGCUUCUGCGCGAACGCGACCAAAAGUCCCCCGGCUCGGCGGCCAUCAAUCCAGGCAUCAGCAGUGGUGUUUCUACUCCCGCCGCGGCCUCGGAUCGGAUGACGAAAGACGAGCUUCUGCAGCGGCAGGCGACGCAGCUCGCGCAGGUGCGGUUCGAGCGCGAUCUCUACCGCACCGCCCUUCGCAGGUGCUACGUCGACCAGGGGUUGCAGUACUUCGACGUAUGGAGACGAAUACACUCCUGUGCCGGGAGAAAUCAGUUUGACAGGCUGCUCGCUGAUGUUGAUGUUUGUUUGCAUGUAUACUCAGAAUACUACGCAGGGGAUGCAUGCAUGAUCGCAAAACCCUUAACCUGAGUCAGUGCCUUUGCUCCGUCACAGGAGGUAUUCGUGGUCUAUAGACGUCCGGCGACAUGUAUGAGUUCUAUGACGAGGAAGCCAACGCACGAAGCCGAUCCGUUCGCCUGCUCCACAGGAUCCGGGCGGUCACCAAGCAUGCUGACAAGCUCAUGGACCAACUAUCGCAUGCAAAUAUGUCUGGGUCUGGAAAAGUGGAACUUCGGUUGAAUGUUUGGGAAGAUGCAGUGUGUCAUGCAAAGACUAAGUUUGUCAUGCGUGCGACACAUCAGACGCCGCCAAACGAACCUGUCAUGCUUGGCUGCACUCGAGAACACCAGACUCAUCCAUACUAUCGCAUCACAAAUUUCCAGACCUUGCCAUAUUCGCAAUGCAUACCCAUUGCACAAUAACUACGUCUUCCAGCAGCAGCUCCUGUGGAACGAGGCCCUGGAGGCUGAAUUUCGUGCGGAUCGGAAGGGCCCACAAAAAAACAACCUACCGGCCCUUAACCGUGCGGCGGAAGAACCUGCUAAGGCCUCGACAGGACUUUCGGAGAGCAGGUAUAGAAAAGACUAGACAUUGUAAGACUAUGUCGAACAGCAAAUAGUUUGCAUUCGUGUUGCUGUUCACAAAUGUUCUUGACUAUGGUCCUUGGCAAGACUCGUUGAGGUUGUUUAUUUAUCGUGCAAAAAAACAAAAUUGUUCCAAUGGCAAAACAGCACUCCUGCGGGGCGCCACUAUAGCGCCACCGAGUUGUCCCAGCAGCUGGUCGCUGUGUCCAACAGUGCUCUUCUGGCACGGGAAACGAUCCUGAAGCAACAGCUCCAUAUCAAAAAGCUCCUAGCCGACCAGGACGUUCUCAAAGUUGAGCUCAAGCAACAAGUACGCACUGCAAAAAUGUCUGGGUCUGGAAAGAUGCGAGGUUGUUUUAUGCAGACCCUGGAUUACGCAAAAAUUUAUGUUGCAUGAACGCCAAAAGUUGUCGCAUUUUUUCUACGCCGCAAGUGCCGACUUUCUCAUGCAGGAUAGGCAUCAAGACACCUGGACAAAAGGUGAAAUGCUUUUUCGCGCAUAGCUGAGCAUCUGCAUGGUCCAAAAGAUGCAUGACAAACUUGCGCAGUCUUGUUCCACACCCAAACAACAUAUUUACAAUGCAUAAGAAGCCGGAGCAAGCAAGUACCUGCGACUCUCCAUCGCCAAGACGAAACCCGAGCUGAAGGAGGAAGUGAUAUCAAAUGCAAACAUGUCUGGGUCUGGAAGACUGCAGAUUUUUGUCAUGCUGUUUUUGCAUGAUACACAAGGUCUGUCAUGGAAGCCCUAGCAUCACAGCUUUCGAAAACGUUCCGCAAUGCUUAAUCCGCAUACCAAAUCCUCCUUUUUGGUGACAGGAAAUUGGCACCCUUUGCUGCCUAUGCAUGAGACAUUUGCCUGUGUAAUUCGCAUCACAAGUUCGGAUCCUUCCAGACCCAGACAUAUUUGCAUUGGAAAGGUCACGAAGCUUUACCAUUCGUUUCUGAAGCAGGACUGGACCUUCCUCGAAGAGCUACCCGCGGAUAUGGACCAGGACCUAGUCGGCUCUGCGAGGUCGUACGCGUCGCAAUACCGCAUCGAAGAAUCUAUCCACGCCAUAGUACAACAAGGCUGCUAGAAUGUUGCGUCCUUUUACCUGCAUGUUGCAGUGCAACAAGGCUCGUGGGAAAUAAUCUGAUGGACCCCAACGAACAUUUUGUCACGCGGCGAGCAUGAUAACAGGCAGCAGUAGCCGGCUUUUGUACAACAGCUCACAGUGCAAUUGUGACAAAAGGUCGAUUGAACGCAGAGCUAGCAAAAACCAAACAAUGGCGUGCAUAGAUAUUUUGCAACGGAAUACGUACUACACUUUUCUCGUCGCGUACGGAGCCCGCUUCUUCAUGGACCCACGUUUCGUCGAGAUUGCCGAUCGCAGCGAGCAGACGUUUAUUCACCAACCUUUGGACACUACGACCUCCAAAACCGAGAUAAAUGCGUCGACUUCUUCUUCUGCACCAAAAGUCCGACAACACAUGCCGCAGCUGUACGACCCUACCCUCGCUGCCGAAAUCUUUCAAAAGCAGGCGGAGCAGAUCAAAAAACUCGAGCAGGAAAAGGACGCCCGGAAGGCCAUCGCUGGUCGCAGGACAGCGGAGGGACUGAAUAAUAACUCCAGAAACUACGAACCUACAGGAGGACUCGCCGGCGAGUUGACAGCUGCCGGUUUCUCCUCCUCGUCCGGUGCCCCAAGUAGCAGCUCGGCGAAACAGGUGUCGGUGCCAGAAUCUCUGUUGCCGCGGGUGGAAAGGAGUGAUACUACGGGAGCGGCGGCGAGUUCGAGCAGUGUUAGUGGGAAGGAGGUAGUGGAAAACAACAGCAGUGCAACGCCUGCGACGUCGCAAGGGCUAUGGAUUGCAAAAAUGCCUGGGUCUGAAACUUGUAAUGCUGUCUCUGGAUUCUAAAAAAGUUUGUAUUGCAUGACCAGCAAGAGGACUCCAGUUUGUGCUACACUUCUCUCUGGGCAUUUCUCAUGCGGUAGAGGCAUCACAAAGGCCUCUAAAAAUCUGUGAUGCUAGGAUCAUGCAUCAUAGACGGCGUUGGUCAUUCAAACUAUGCAUGACAAACUUGCCAUUUUGCAUUGGAUAAGGGCCAACCACGAACAACUUAUCCGACAGGAAAGUGCAGCCAGAUCAAAAGAAAUAAUGAAUUUGUCUUGCUAUUUUUCUGGAACAAAGGACGAGUCAUUUGUGAUGCUGAUCAUCUGCAAGACAGACGAGAACUUGUCACGCAAAACGAACAUUGUAAUGCAACAUUGGGAUGAAACAAGGUUGGCAAGAAAAUUUGUGAUGCUCAACAGGCAGGAAAGAGCUUUUUGUGGCACAACAAAAAAAGCAUGGGAAAUGGUAUUUUAGAAUUUCAUCUGGGUGCACUUUUCUCUCGGAUACAGUUCCUCCGCUAGUACUACUAGCACUGCUGCAGUAUUGAACCGCAGAAAACAGUCGUCCUCGCCGACCGAAGGCGCACCGGUGCGGAAGCGGCGGCACACGAUUACAGGCUACCGCAAGUGACGCAAAAUUCUUCCUCAUUACAACCAUGUCAGUGUGUAAUGCAUAGGAUUGUGCGGAAGUGCAUGAUGGGUGACUGCGGAUUUUUCUCGAUCUUGGAAAAGAGAUGAGGCGUAUAGCAUUGUUCAAACUGACAUGUGCUGCAAUGACGAAAAUUUUCCAUUUCAUAGUACAUAAUUUCUUGCGGCAAGAAGGACGGACGGUGCAAGGAGGACACAGUGGUGGAAAAUUGUAAAUCUCAUGUGAUGUAAAGUAAGUACAAGUAAAACAAUACAAUUUUAGUAAGUACACAGUUCCAGUAUAUGCAAAGUAUCACUUUAUCAGUUCUUGCUGCACAGGUGAAAUAAAGUAUGAUUUCGAACUGACAAAAUUUCAGAUCAACAGCGGUUUAGUUGCAAGAUUUCUAACCAAGUGCUCUCGAUCUUUCUUUUGGCACCAAGAACUACUGACAAGUUACCGUUUGAUGAAACUCAAGUAUAAGUGUUUCGUAGUAAAAGCAAAAGUGAACCCCAGCGAAAAACAAAGGUGAAUUAUCAGAAGCAAUUUUUGAUUACAAAGAGGAAACAAAACAAUCGAAUAGUAAUGAUUAGUGUCAGAAUACCGGGUCAAAAAAAUAAAGCACUGAGCGUUUAUGCGGAAGUAAAACGAUAGGAAAAAAAGAUAAACAAGACGAUCACAAGCAGAAAAUGUAGUGGUGGUUUCAAGAUUGAUAUUGCAGGAGAACCGGAUGUACCGACAAGCGACACAAGCUGUCUCGUUUGUAGCAUUAGCAAGCCGAAACUGUACAAACAGCCUACACUUCUAAAGCGAAAAUUCGAUAU